CAUAAGUAUAACAAUUAAUGAAAUAUUUUGAAUGGAUGGUAACACCUUUGGUUUUUCUCAAAUAUAAUACUGGAUACAGGUACAUCGGGAUCUCAGUUCAUUCAGAAGAGAUUCAACUGACGAUCAAAGUCAUCGAACAGUGCGUCUUGUGUUGAAUCAUGGCAAAAAUAGCUUUAUUGUUCGUCUUAACUUCUAUCUGUUUUCUCGUGACACAAAAGAUAAUGAAAAUGAACGAGAGUGAUUUGGAAAUGACAAAACAUAUGACAGAUACCAAAGAAGUUGCAAGAAAAGAUGUCACGGGAGAGGAUGAAGUGGACAACACUGCAAAUCAUACAGCAAGUGAUAAGAAUGAUAAGUAUGACUAUAUGUUUAUGUAUGAUAAAGCACCCAUCAGUCUCAUGGAAAAGAUCAUCAAUGAUUUUAAUCGAGAGCAUGAAGAAUAUCUAAUCGCUAAAACGAGAAAUGAGCAAAUUAAUAAAGAUGACAUGGCAGGCAAUGAAAACAACAAAAAUAACAACAAUGAUGAUGAGAGAAUGAAAAGAGAUACUUCUGGUAACCCGAUAUUGGAGGAUUGUGAAGAUAACAAAACAAAAAGAUCGUGCACUGGAAGAUGCAAUAUGAAGCAAAAUAUUGAUCUUAAUAAGUUCUAUUGCCAAUGUGACACUGACUGUGAAAAAUAUGGUGACUGUUGCAAAGAUGUUCAUAUCUGUGAUAACAAAGAAGUCGGGCCUACUGAAACAACUGAAGAGUCAAGUGGAGAAAACAUUGAGUCCAGUGGAGAAAACAUUGAGUCCAAUGGAGAAAACAUAGAGUCCAGUGGAGAAAAGAUUGAAUCCAGUGGAGAAAACAUUGAGUCCAGUAGAGAAAACAUUGAGUCCAGUGGAGAAAACAUUGAGUCCAGUGGAGAAAACAUUGAGUCCAGUGGAGAAUACAUUGUGUCCAAAGGAGAAAACAUUGAGUCCAGUGGAGAAUACAUUAAGUCCAGUGGAGAAUACAUUGAGUCCAGUGGAGAAAACAUUGAGUCCAGUAGGGAAAACAUUGGGUCCAGUGGAGAAACCAUUGAGUUCAAUGGAGAAAACAUUGAGUUCAAUGGAGAAAACAUUGAGUCCAAUGGGGAAAACAUUGAGUCCAGUGGAGAAAGCAUUGAGUCCAGUGGAGAAAACAUUGAGUCCAAUGCGGAAAACAUUGAGUCCGGUGGAGAAAACAUUGAGUCCAGUGGAGAAAACAUUGAGUCCAGUGGAGAAUACAUUGAGUCCAGUAGAGAAAACAUUGAGUCCAGUGGAGAAUACAUUGAGUCCAGUGGGGAAAACAUUGAGUCCAGUGGGGAAAACAUUGAGUCCAGUGGAGAAUACAUUAAGUCCAGUGGAGAAUACAUUGAGUCCAGUGGAGAAUACAUUGAGUCCAGUGGAGAAAACAUUGAGUCCAGUAGGGAAAACAUUGACACUCCAUAUCUUCCUCAGAAAAAAGAAAAGAAAAUGGAAGAAAUACCACAAAGUGCUGAUAAAUACAGUUGCAUUGAGACUGAAAAGGGGACUUCUUAUUUUCUUUAUCAAUCAUGUGACCCAACCUACACUAACACUAAGACAAUCUUACAAUGUUUGGCCACACCUCACCCUGAUAAUACUAAUAAACAUUCUCUCUUGAUUACGCCAGUUUAUGGUAAAAAACAACAACAUUAUCGAAAUAUGUAUUGCGCAUUAUGUAAUAAUGAAAUUCAAACUGAUUUAAAGUUCUGGUCUUCUGAGGUUGUUUGUGGGAAUUUAAUGAAAGAUAGAAUUAGAACAAGUUAUGAAAAACAUGCGAUAAACAUAGAAUCAAUAUUUCGUUUGUUUUCUGAAGAUGGCUGCACUCAUCACUACAAAUUAACUGAAACGGAAAAAUAUAUUUCUGGUCCUAGAGAAUGCAUGGAAACACUGGAUUGUGACUUUUGUCCUGUUUGUAAAGAUAAAGGGUUUGAUCCAAUGAAAUCUAACAAGGGUAUAUUCUAUAACACAUAUUGCGCUAAAGCAUCUGGGUUUGAUGGUAAACUUGGUUGCAACAUUUCUUCUACCGAUCUUUUUGAUCCUUUGACUGAUUACUUCCUGUCCAAAAAGGUCUUCUCCUUUACUGUUCUAGCUGACUUUUCUCAAGGAGAUCCAUUUCACCCAUCCAUUAAAAUUAAGGGUGGACAAAAUAUUUACGGUAUGGCUGAUUCCAGCUUCUCUUGUUUUGCUACUUCAGUCAUUAUACCUUUGUUUUGUGAAACAAAAAAAUGUCCUGUGAAUUUUGAAGUAGUCAACAAAGAAUGUUUACCAGUUAGACCUACGUCCUCGAUAACUGUGUUUAUUACAGUUAAUGGUACAAAAAUCAAACCUUCUAAUACCUCGAGCUACGUAACAAAUGACCCGGAAACAGUCAAACUUGCAAGGUUUCAUGAAGUAGCAAGUAACGCUAUCUCUUCAGCUUUUCCCAUUGUAGGUUUCAUCGAACAUCAAUUCACAGCAAGCACACCUCCAGACAUUUCCAGCUAUUUUUAUUUCCAAGUUUUCAACACCAAACCAAACAAAACUGGUUUGAAUGGAUUGAAAGUGGAACAGAAAGCAAUAGAGGAAAUUAUUUAUGAGGGGGUGAAUAUUAAACCUAAUGUUGUGAUCUGGUUUGAUGAACGUGAUAUUCUUGACCCUGUAAAUGGUUUUGGAAAGGUAAUUGAUGGGGUCGAGAAUGUUACUGAGUCUUAUGACGAUGUGGUUUGGUCUAACAGCAAUGUUUCAAAUAAAUAUGUGAAUAGUUUUGUGGUUAAUGCAUCUGGGUUCAUGAGAACUGAAAUGAUGACUGUAUCUUCGUUGCCAAUAAUGCUUAUGACUUUAUGGUUUUGCUUGUCAUAACUAUGAAUAAAUAUGAAUAUACGCCCUAUCAACAAAAAUGAUUUUUCAAAAUGGAAAAUAAAUUGGGGUCGCCAAGAUAUAAAGAAUGCACCCUGGUAGAAACAAAGAAUGUGUAGUUAAAGAAAUUUAAAAGAGCGUAACUAUCAUGCCUUGGCCCAUAUCAACUCUUGAAUGGUAAGAGGAAAUCUUGUAUGUACAGUUUAAAAAAUUGCUUCAACGAAAGAACUGAAUUACAUGUAGAUUGUAGUGACUGAUUCAUAAACCAUAAACUACUAGUAUUUAGAGAUUGUAUGAUCGUAUGUAUUGUUCAUACAAGAAUUAUUUAUAUCCAAAUACAUUAUAUAAAUAUAACAUUAAAAUAAAUUUAAUUAAUAGCAAAUACAAGAUUAAAAAUAGGUCGAUGAGUACAAUUGGAUCAGAUAAAAUAUAUAAUGUAUGCAUGUGUCAGUAACUGAAAAUUUAACACAUGUGAUAUUGAAAUUAAGAUUUUCUUUUUAUCAAAAAUAUGCAUUUGUUAUUUCUAAAAAACAAUGAUUCCCAUAACAAAAAUGUAACAAUAGUGCAGAUGUGAGUAGAAAUAAUCUUGAUUUGCAAAAUAAAAUACUUGAAUAUAUAAAAUCUCAAAGUAGUAUUAAAUCUGACAUUAUCAACUGUUAAUUUUUCGAUUAUUUCUAAGAGAGUGGAUUUCUCAUAGACCAUGUGUUAUAAAAUCAUGAAAAGUGAAAUAUCUUUUCUUGUUUCUUGUUUCAAACAGUUACAGAUUUGUUCAUACUGCACACAUUUUUAAUGAAAUAAUUAUAAAAUUCAAUAGGGUUGGAUGAAAAUAUAUUGAAUAAAUCUAUUUAUAAUUUCGUUUGUCUAUAUUAUUAUUUUACCAAAGAUAGUCACCUGGUGGA